CGGAUGGGCUAGUUACGAAUCUCGGAUCCUUUCGCUGUGCCUACAAUCCGGAUUAAUCCCGGACCUGGUCUGACGAGGUCGAAAAACAUGGGGAAGCGAGCUCUCGUGCCUUGAAUCCUUCAGGAAUUUGCCGUUGCGCCCACUGCGUUUGAUAUCCUGGUUACCUACUGACUAUUCAUCAAGUUCGAUUCUUAAGUCCUUCGCAUAUAGUUAUUUGUUUGUUCUUCGCCUUCAUGUUAAAUUAUCGAGCAGUUAUGAUCUCUGCGUCUUUAAUCACAGCCUAGGAAGUCUGUCGGUGCCUCAGUCGCUACCAUUAUGACCGUCAAAGGUCUGACUCAGAUCCCGCAUCUUCAUCUUCGAUCGUAUCACUACCUCGGCCGGCGAAGAAGGAUUGCCAUUCUAGUUAUUGGCGCUUUGGUCCUAAUUACGCUCUUUUCCCCAGCUGUUCCCCAGCUGAGGGGAUACCCGCUGAAAUGGCUCCCGACAAGCUUCGAGUCGUUGCACGAGAAUCUGGAAAACCUCGCGCUACCACAUCCAUUCCGUUUUUGGUCGGGCGGCGAGGAUGGUCUAGAUGUGGACGGCCGGUAUCUGUUCCAGAAGAAUUUAGCGGCCGGGCAGGAGGGGAGCAUUGGAUUAUAUUGGGACAAGGAAACUGAUGAGACGGUUGCCAUCAAGACGUUCACCAGCCGGCAUCGAAACCCCAUUCCGCUCGAGAUCCAGGAACGUUUUAUGACCGCGACGGCUCAGAUUUCGCACUGGCCUACCGAGAUCGAAGCUGGACUUCUGCUCUCUCAUCUAUACCGGUCGUCUCCCCCAGAUAUCAUUGACGGCUCGUCGCCCGCGGCGGUUCCCUUCACGACGCCUCGUGAUUACUUCGUCAUCGAAUAUCCAUAUCGAUACCCAGCGAAAUCCCCGGUCUGGCAUAUGGUGACUUCAUAUCUUCCCAGCGGCUCCCUCAAGCAGUUCAUGAGGACAGCCCGCUCCCGAGACCGGUCGAUGUCCAUAUCGGAAUACGAGCGACUGCUCCGUUCGACCGUGUUCAAAGAUCUGUUCUCGAACCUCCAGUGGCUACACGACACAGGCUACUGCCACAAUGACAUUAAGCCGUCCAACAUCUUCGUCGAGGCCGGAUUCUCCGAGGACGAGGACAUCCCAAGCCGCCUCCUACUCGGCGACCUCGGCAACGUCCGCGAGAUCGAUCAUCCGUAUUACAGGUCGACGAUCUGGGGACCGGAGAGGAACCAGUGGGUCGAUUGCAUCGCGAACGACGUGCGGCGGUUGCUAAAGAGCUAUCUGUUCUACUUGCGGGAGACCGUCGAUCGCGACUGGUUUGAUUUCGAGCUGUAUGCCGAGCGCGAGGAGUGGAGCCGGCUGUACUGGAGCUUUAUCAGGAGUCCUGGCGAUGUGCGCCAUUUGAGAAACCUAGAGCGAGAUAUCCAAUCGCCUUCUCUAAUUUUCUCCGCAAAAUCCUUUGCCGAGCCUGAAAGCGAUGUCGACCUCGAUCAACUCUCUUUGCGAGAAAGAGAAAUUCUCGACGCAUCGGUUGCUCGAGAGUUGAAAUGCAACAGCCUUGGAAUCAAUUUCCUCGACUGGUGGCGACUCGGUGGUUUCUGGCAGCCGUACGUGCUGGAAGAUAACAGUCGAAGGAGGCAUAUUUGAAUGGGAGGCAGCCAUAUUAUUUGGAGGCCAUCCUUUUCAGGCCUCGUGAGAUGUUUCUCUCAGUAUGAAUACCUUGAAUACUCCCUAGCAUAUCACUUUGGUUAGUCAUGCCUUCAGCCGUCUAAGCAGCACUAGCAGGCGAGUUGAUAUGGGGUUUUCCAUUCGAUUCCUGGGGUAUUCAAGGGACAUGAGAUGUCAGGCUCAUACAUGGUAACCACGAUGUCUCCGGAGUGGAUACGACGCAAUGCACGGCAGAUUUCAAUUUGCUCUUCCCUCACGAAACCUUUCUUCCAAGCCAACUGCUUCUCAUCUUGAGGAGGUCUUCGUGGCAUGGAUGGA